GCGAGGUCACCUGACCCCACGAGAUCUGAGCCUCUAUUUUAGUCUAUCCUCUUUGCUUGAAGCUAUUGGAAGGUCAUUGAGUGUCAUUCAAGGGCUAUCACUGUGUGAAAAGAGGCGCUUGUGGAAUAAAAUAGUUUUUCCUAUUAUUAAUUAAUCUGAUAGUGUGAAUUACUAAUAUAAUUAAAAAAAUGCUGCCACGUAUCAUCAGAUCAUCGAUAACACUCGCCCCUCAGGGCGUUAAGCAAUUGUCAACAAGUGCACAGCGCGAUGCCAAGGUUGCCGUGAUGGGUGCAGCGGGAGGUAUUGGCCAACCUCUCUCGCUCCUGCUGAAGCAGUCACCCCUGGUCACCGAAUUAUCUCUGUACGAUAUUGUUAAUACCCCUGGAGUCGCUGCAGAUCUCUCACACAUUGAUACACACUCCAAGGUCACUGGAUUUACUGGACCAGAACAGCUCAAAGACUCCCUUCGUGGUGCUCAGGUCGUUAUCAUUCCUGCUGGAGUACCACGUAAGCCCGGUAUGACCAGAGAUGAUCUCUUCAACACCAACGCCUCCAUCGUACGUGAUCUAGCCCAGGCUUGUGCUGAAGUCUGUCCCAAGGCCUUCAUUGCAAUUAUCUCGAACCCUGUCAAUAGUACAGUUCCCAUUGCCAGUGAAGUCCUCCAGAAGGCGGGAGUUUAUGAUCCCAACAGGAUCUUUGGCGUCACCACUUUGGAUAUUGUGAGAUCAAACGCUUUCAUCGGUGAAGCCAAGAGCAUUGAUCCUCAGAAGGUAUCGGUUCCAGUCAUUGGAGGGCACAGUGGAAUCACCAUUAUUCCAUUGAUCAGCCAGGCCAAGCCCAGUGUCUCAUUUCCCGAUGACAAACUCAAGGCCCUCACUGAGAGAAUCCAGGAGGCUGGCACUGAAGUAGUAAAGGCUAAAGCUGGCACGGGCUCAGCAACACUCUCCAUGGCUUAUGCUGGUGCUCGAUUCGGUUUCUCCUUAAUCAGAGCGCUCAAUGGCGAGCAAAAUGUCGUCGAGUGCUCUUACGUCAGGUCAAAUAUUACUGACGCCAAAUAUUUCUCAACGCCGAUUCUCCUUGGUAAAAACGGAGUAGAAAAGAACCUCGGUCUCGGCAAGUUGAGCGCUUACGAAGAGAAAUUGCUGCAGGCGGCUAUUCCGGAGCUCAAGAAGAAUAUCCAGAAGGGUGAAGACUUUGUAAAUAAGAAGUGAAGAACCACAUGAAGAGCUCUCAUCACCUCACGUAUGACUACGUGUUUUGCAUGGAAAUCAACGUAAAAGACAAUGAAACAGUAUCAUUAAUGCAUCAGACAUGGUUAAUCGACUGUCGAUGAAUUGCUGAGUGCAUUUAAUGUAAUUAGUUCCCGAAACCAAUCAUGUUAAAUUAAUUGAAGUAUGUAAAUUAAAUUAAAUGAGCCGUGCGAUACAGUAA